AUGAGUGGCCCGGAUAGUGCGAGCUCAUCGUACUUGUCCAAGCUAUCACCGUGGAGCAGGAGCAGGAGCCCAUCGAUACCGCCUAGCAAGGGACGCGAUGGCGAGUCGGAGCCUUUACAGCACCAGAAGAAGGGUGCAGACCAUGUCAUCAGUCACAAACAUCGUUUGAGUCUGCGCAAAUACCCGCGAGACUGCCCACCUGUCAGACCGUGCUGGUUUCAUGCAGUGGACGUGCCAAAGCGAAGACCACAUCCUGCCCUGGGUGACCGCAAAGAGGAGAAGCCGGCUACUGCGCCGAAGAAGUACGCUGCAUUCUCGAUCACAGAUUCAAAGGCUAUAGAGGCGGCGUUCCAGAAGCUUGUGCAGGACGAGGAUGAAGCCGGAACGACGAGUCUGGAGCAGCAGCAGGAUGACAUACAUACUGUCAAAGUGCCGGUGAACGAAGACUACCUCUUCGACGUAGAUGUUGUGCGUAGAGAGCUGGCUCCCGCCUAUUGGCUCGGCCCCGUCUAUGAUGUAAGAAGGGGCACUUGGUUCUAUCAGGAUGGAAGCACGCAACGACCUUGCGAUGAGAAUCUCGCAGCUCAGCUAGAAGAAGGCUACCUGAAGAUCAAGCCUUGGCGACUUCCUACCACUCAAAUACCGCCGCAGCAGCCGCGUUCGGCUUCACAGCCACGCGGUCGACCUGUAUCGUGGGCUCCGGGACAAGAUGACAUUGAGGUCGAAAAGCCCGGCUUGCCACAUAGCUCGCUAACUCCUCAGCCGUCGUCGGGCAACCUCCGGGAUCGAGCGGCAAGGCAAGAUGCUGAACCCCCGAGAGGCCCGGCCAGGGUAGAAACUGGUCAGACGGAGCUACCUCACGACACCCACCGGCUGUUUGGCGCGCACAUGAAUUCGGUCGUAACCUACCAAGAUGCAACGACUGCCUGGCUUCUCACAGACGACUUCUUGUCACGCAUGAAUUAUAGUGUCUACCAGAGGUUUGCAGGCGGUGGUCACUUUGCUGGCAUGAGAAUGACUCGAGGUUACAUCAAUCCGUCCCAAAAGCCCGUGACGGCUCCACCAGAGAAGGACGGCAAGAUCGAGAAGCCCACCGGAAGCUAUAGAGCAUCGAGUCAGGAACGAGCGCAACGAGAAGCUCAAGAUAGGAUGGACGCGGCGCCUGAAGAAGCCGUCCUUCAUAAGCCAAGCUCUUCCGAAACCCGACGGCAGAACCUGCAACGUCACAUGUCAUCUUUGCUCGAGGACCCGUCGCACAAGGACCCGGAAAGGCAGGACGAGGAGCUGCGCAAGCGCGACGAACGUGAGAUAGAGGACGAUUAUCGCGAGACAGAAGGCGAUCAGCAAGGUCGUGAGAUCGAGCACCUUAUCCUUGUCACGCACGGCAUAGGACAGAGACUUGGUCUGCGCCUUGAAAGUGUGAACUUCGUGCACGAUGUCAACACUUUGCGCAAAACGCUGAAAGCUGUUUAUUCCGACUCGCCUGACCUUAGAGCGCUGAACGCUGAGCUAGGCGAUGCCGAACAUGUCAACAGCCGUGUUCAAGUCCUUCCGAUUUGCUGGAGACACCUUCUCGACUUCCCUAAGCAAAGUCUGAAGCACAACCGCAAAGAGCGUGAUCUUGCUGACACCGAUAUUGAUGACGAAGCAUUUCCAAGUUUGGAGGACAUCACGGUGGAAGGUGUGCCCGCCGUGCGCAACCUUAUCACUGAUCUUGCACUUGACAUUCUGCUUUACCAGUCUCCAGCAUACAAGGAGCACAUUUCGAGGAUAGUGUUGUCAGAAUGCAAUCGCAUAUAUCAUCUGUUCAUGGAACGCAACCCGACCUUCAACGGAAAGAUUAGCAUGGUAGGGCAUUCGCUGGGCUCCGCUAUCAUGUUCGACCUUCUCUGCAGUCAGGAGCAGAAGGGCCAGCCAUCGAUGAAGAACCGCAAAGAGCAUCACGGCAAGAAGCUGGACUUUGAAGUCGAAGACUUCUACGCUCUAGGCUCGCCUAUCGGACUGUUCCAGAUGCUCAAAGGUCACGCCAUAGCCGCACGCGAUGGCGAAGACGGCGGGCACAGACGUGGCAUGACCACCAGUAUGGACGAUCCAAUGCUUGACGCGCCUGCAGCACCUUCUGCGAAGAGAGCGAGCACGUCAAAGGGCGUGCUUGCCGACUCCGAGAUUCAGACCUCCAGCCCCAGGUGCGCACAGAUCUUCAACAUUUUCCACCCGACAGAUCCCAUCUCCUACCGAAUGGAACCGCUCAUCUCGCCUGCCAUGGCGACUCUGAAGCCGCAGCCGCUGCCUUACACCAAACGCGGCAUCUUCGGGGCGCCGAUGGGACAAGGCAUUAGCGGUAUCGGUGCACGCGUCAGCCAGAGUGUAUCCAGCAUGUGGUCGAGCAUGGCGUCUAGCCUGCUCACGCGCGGACUCGGCUAUACGGGAACCGAGACCGCUCAGCUGCCGAAUGGACAGACGGUCAUUAAGAGCAGCGGUCCGCUGUCGAUGAGUCAAGGCGCCGGUACCAACAUCUCUGCCGGCGUCAUCCCAACAGCACCAUUACCGGCGGAAGGCACAGAGAUCGCGAAGAUACCAGAGGAUAAGCAAGAGCGACUUGCGAGUGAUGCUCUUGCCGCCAGCAAACGCGGCCAACACCCGCCCACGCUCAUCGAUGCAGAUCUCGAGACAUUGUAUGCAGGAUACCAAAAGCGCCGCCGUUCGAUCGAAGAAUCUGAUGCCGCGAAGCGUGAUCUCGGCGCGGGCGCGAUCGGAAGUCUGGAGUGGCAAGAAGCCGAAGAGCGGGCGAAGAAGCUUCGACGUGAAGAGGAGAAGGUUCGUCGCCUUAAUAGUAACGGUAGGGUCGAUUAUGCGAUUCAGGAGGGUGUCUUCGACAUCAACAUAAUCGCAGCGAUCGCAAGCCAUCUCAGCUAUUGGAGCGAUGAAGAUGUGAGCCAUUUCAUCAUCUCGCAGCUUUUGAGUCGGCACCGCAUCGUGAGACCGAAGGCUGGGGGUAGCGCGAAGGCGCAAGACUGA